GGACACACAUGGAUCUCAUGGUAAAGCACAUAUAAAAAGCCGGAGUUCCACAGAGCUGAGACUCAGGAACUUGAAUCUCAUCCAAGACACGAGCCAUGUUCUUGCUCAUUAGUUGCUUUGCCCUCGUGGCCUCUUCACUGGGGUGUGGAGUGCCUGCUAUCAAGCCCCAAGUGAGUGGAUACAACAAGAUUGUAAAUGGGGAGACUGCAGUGCCUGGGUCCUGGCCCUGGCAGGUUUCGCUUCAGGAUGGUAGAGGAUUCCACUUCUGCGGAGGAUCUCUGAUCAACCAGUACUGGGUUGUCACUGCUGCUCAUUGCCGUGUGUCCCCCAGAAACCACCGUGUUAUUCUGGGAGAGCAUGAUCGCCAGUCCAACAGCGAGCAAAUCCAAGUCAAGUCCAUUGCCAGGGCCAUCACUCACCCCUACUACAACGCCCAGAACUUUAACAAUGACAUCACCCUUCUGAGGCUGUCCUCGCCUGUGCAGAUGACAUCCCGUGUGUCUCCUGUGUGCCUGGCUUCCUCCAGCACAAGCAUUCCCUCUGGAACCAAAUGUGUCACCACUGGGUGGGGCAAGACCGGGCAAACCUCGAGCCCUCGCUACCUCCAGCAGACUGCCCUGCCUCUGCUCACCCCUGACCAGUGCAAGAAUUACUGGGGCUAUAACAGAAUCACUGAUGCUAUGAUCUGUGCUGGUGCUUCUGGCGUGUCCUCCUGUCAGGGUGACUCUGGUGGCCCUCUGGUGUGUGAGAACAGCGGUGUGUGGUCCCUCGUGGGUAUUGUGUCUUGGGGAACCUCUAACUGCAACGUGCGCACCCCUGCUGUGUACGCCCGCGUGUCCUACCUGCGCCACUGGAUCGACCGGACCGUUGCUUCCAACUAAUAAGCAAACACACAUUCCAAAAGGCGUUUGAACUGGACUCGUAGAAUUUCUUGAAGACGUUUCGCCUCUCACAUGAGUAGCUGGUGGGAAGUUGAGGUUCAAAUAGGAAAUGGCAAACACAGAGAGAGUCUUCAGCCCACAAGUUCCUCUUUGCAGAACAGGUGCCACACAGUACAAACAUCAAAUGGUCAUCAUUUCUACUGAAGUGAAUAUUAAACAAGCAUUAAACUCUUAAACUGA